CCCAUCCGUUUCAUUAAAGCUUCUGCUUAACCAUGGCAAACUUCAAGAUCUUCUUUGUGGUUUUGUUCGUAGCUUUUGCAAGCGGUUACGCUUUCAGUUUGGGUAGAAAGGCUGAUCAUGAGGUGAAACGUCAAGAAGAUUACGAAUACCCGGAAUAUGAAUACGAAGAAUACGGUUCAGAGAAUAACCAAACAGGAGAAUACGAAUACCCGGAAUAUGAAAACGAAGACUACGAAUCAGAAAAAAAUGAAACAGGGGGAUUAGUAUUCCGUGAUUUGGAAUCAGAAGAAAACGAUUCAGGAGAUUCCGAAUCAGGAGAUUCCGAAUCAGGAGAAUCAGACGAAUCCGAUGAUUUGGAAAAACGUGACUCAGAAUCAGAAGAAAACGAAUCAGGCGAUUCAGAAUCAGGAGAUUCCGAAUCUGGAGAAUCAGACGAAUCCGAUGAUUUGGAAAAACGUGACUCAGAAUCAGAAGAAAACGAAUCAGGCGAUUCAGAAUCAGGAGAUUCCGAAUCUGGAGAAUCAGACGAAUCCGAUGAUUUGGAAAAACGUGACUCAGAAUCAGAAGAAAACGAGUCAGAAGAAAACGACUCAGGAGAUUCCGAAUCAGGAGAAUCAGACGAAUCCGAUGAUUUGGAAAAACGUGACUCAGAAUCAGAAGAAAACGAAUCAGGCGAUUCAGAAUCAGGAGAUUCCGAAUCUGGAGAAUCAGACGAAUCCGAUGAUUUGGAAAAACGUGACUCAGAAUCAGAAGAAAACGAGUCAGAAGAAAACGACUCAGGAGAUUCCGAAUCAGGAGAAUCAGACGAAUCCGAUGAUUUGGAAAAGCGUGACUCAGAAUCAGAAGAAAACGAGUCAGAAGAAAACGAGUCAGAAGAAAACGAGUCAGGAGAUUCCGAAUCAGGAGAAUCAGACGAAUUCGAUGAUUUGGAAAAACGUGACUCAGAAUCAGAAGAAAACGAAUCAGGCGAUUCAGAAUCAGGAGAUUCCGAAUCUGGAGAAUCAGACGAAUCCCGUGACUUAGAAUCUGAAGAAGACGAAUCCGCAGAAUACCCAGAGUACGAAGAAGAAGAUGAUUCGGCUGAUGUGGAGGUUUUACCUGCGUAAAAUAUGAUGCAAGUUAACGUUUACUACCCAAAAGCUAGUUCAACGGUUCUGAAAGCUUUAUUUAAUGUGUAUUAAUAUAUUUUAAUCAUUCCAGAGAUAAGUAAAAAAAAA